AUGGGCUCCCUCGCUCCAUUCACCCUCAAGGGCUUCUACCUCCUCACGUGGGGCAACGCUCUCGGCUCCAACGUCUGGAACACCAUCUCCGGCUUCAAGGCCUACUCCUCCGUCCCCAAGGAGACCUUCUCCCUCCUCUCGUCGGUUCAGCAGCCCCUCUACCUCCAGACCCAGGUCACCCUCACCACCCUCCUCCUCGGCACCCACCUGAACUUCCACCGCUCGCUCCUCCACACCCACAAGUGGUGGCAGCACGAGGAGGGUGUCCAGGCCCUCCUCGUCCUCGGCGCCUGGGCCCCGACCCUCAUCAACGCGCUCAUUGUCGGCCCCGCCUGCGCCCGUGCCGCCAUUGACCGCGCCGGCCUCGAGAAGGUCGAGGGCAAGGACGCCUCGUCGCCUGCCGCGUCUACCGAGCUCCAGAACGCCAACACCCGCUUCCAGCUCUACCACGGCAUCUCGUCGGCCCUCAACGCCGUCUCCCUGAUCGCCCUGACCACCCUCGGCCUCGCUAUCUCGGCUUAA